AUGGCCUGCUGUGCAUCAUCCUGGCAGCCCUGCCUGCCACAGUGCAUCAUCAUUGGGGUGAGGAAGGGGGGCACGCGGGCCUUGCUGGAGAUGCUGAUGCUGCACCCCCAGGUAGCCGCUGCUCCCGCCGAGGUGCACUUCUUCAACGUGGAGGAGAACUACCAGCGGGGGCUGGGCUGGUACCGCCAGCAGAUGCCUUUCACCUGCCCCAGCCAGCUCACCCUGGAGAAGACCCCGGGCUACUUCUCCUCCCUGCAGGCCCCCGAGCGCAUGCACGCCAUGGACCCCAGCGUGCGGCUGCUGCUCAUUGUGCGUGACCCGGUGGAGCGGCUGGUGUCAGACUACACCCAGGUCCUGCACAACCGCCAGGCCCGGCGCAAGCCCUACCCAGCUCUGGAGCAGCUCCUGCUCCUGCAGGGCCAGCUCAACCCCCGCUACAAGGCCAUCCAGCGCAGCCUCUAUGCCCUGCACCUGGCCCGCUGGCUGGCCUUCUUCCCCCUGGCCCACAUCCACGUGGUAGACGGGGGCAGCCUGGUCCCCCAGCCCCUGGGGGAGCUGCGCCGGGUGGAGCAGUUCCUAGGCCUGAUGCCUUGGCUGGGCCCUGACAACUUCUACUUCAACCAGACCAAGGGCUUCUACUGCCUGCGGGCUGGGGCUCACCAGCGCUGCCUGGAUGAGUCCAAGGGGCGGCCCCACCCUCCCAUCCCUGAGCUGGUGCUGGAGCAGCUCUGCACCUAUUUCAGUGCCCACAACAAGCACUUCUUCAGCCUGGUGGGGCGCACGUUCAACUGGUGCUGAGGGUGGGGGGAGGCCUGGAGCCAGAGGUCCCCUCACUGCUGAGCUGGUACCACCCCAUACAAGGCAGCUACCUCUCCCCUUGCGCUCAGCAGGCUGCUGGGGCUCUUGAUGGGGCUGUAGGGAGAGGGGGCCAGAAGUCCUCAGCUGCCCAGGAAGUGCACUCCUAGAAGGGCUCUGCAGGGUGGGAGUGGGGAAGCAGUUUGGAUGAGAGACCAGCAGCUUCUACAAUUUGAAAGAGGUCUCUUUCUCCCCCCCUUCCCUUGGUCCGUCAAAGGCACCAAGCUCCACAGCCACCCGCUCCCUGGCCUGGGGACCCCUCUCUCCUCAUGGGUGGCUCCAGGCUUUCCUGCUGUCACUGAAUUCCCCAGCAGGCCUGCCUCUGGGCAACAGUGACGUGGGUUCCCCUGCAUAAGCCUCCAGCCCAGGUGAAAGCACUGCAGAGCCCCUGGCUUUUGGCUGGCUUGCAGGGAGCAAUGGGUGAGCAGCUCCAGCUGGAGUCAUUCAGGCUGUAGCCCACAAGGCCCAGGAGAACCACACUGCUCCCCAUGGGGAGGGGGCUGAGUGGGGGCAGUCCAGUGGCCCUCCUGGUCUGAGCCGGCCGGAGGAGGGGGCUGCCCCUGGAGCAGCUGGGACAGUCCCCCCCCCCCCAGCAUGCUAAGGGAAGGACAGGCCCUGCACCUUUGCCUGCAACAGCAGUUUAGUGCACUGUGAUUAUUGCCCCACACGGGGAAGCCCAGCGGCAGCAUUAAAAGUGGCAGGGGGGUUAGUCCUGGGCUCACUUAGUGCCCAGGGUGGGCACAUCUCACCCACUCACUCUGCACACAGCCACAUAGUGUUAGUACAGAGUAUGCCCCUGCCCCUGCCCCAGCCCACCUAGCACAAGGAGCAUUUCCUGUGCUGGCCCUCAAGCCUGUGGGAGGGUUGAGCCCUCACAAGGCUGAAUUCCCUGUGCUAGCACAAGGUAGAGGCACACAAGCCCCAGACAGCCCAUGGGGUCACAGCAAGGCACCCAACUCACACAGCCUGCACCUUAAUUCAGCUCCCAGGAUUCCCUCACAUGGUG